AGCAUUAAGAAAAAAUGAGGUCAGUUUGGUCUGGUUUCUUUUCGGGAGUUGCAGUUGCUGUUGUUCUGGUUUUAUUACAGAAGAAGGUAGAAGCUGGGCAUGGAGAUGGAGUAGAAGAAGAGAAGAAAGGGAAGAACUGUAACGUCUUCAGAGGGAGUUGGGUCUACGAUCCGUCGUGGAACCCACCGUAUGAUUCGUCCACGUGUCCCUUCAUCGGACAAGGAUUUGAUUGCAUCAAAAAUGGCAGACCUGAUAAGCUUUAUCUCAAAUAUAGAUGGCAACCCACUCACUGCAACAUUCCCAGAUUCAACGGUAAGGAUUUCUUGGAGAGAAACAGAGGGAAGAAGAUCAUGUUUGUGGGAGACUCCCUCAGCAAUAACAUGUGGGUUUCCCUCACCUGCAUGCUUCAUGCAGCGGCUUCAACACCCAACUACACUAUAAAUGUCCGAGGCUUGCUCUCUACAUUUUCUCUCCCGGAACAUGAGAUUUCGGUAAUGUUGCUGAAAAGUGGGUUCUUGGUGGAUCUUGCGUAUGAGAAAAUAGGGAAAGUCCUAAAGCUUGACCGCAUUAGCACCGGCAAUCAAUGGCUUGGAGUUGAUUACUUGAUCUUUAAUUCCUAUCAUUGGUGGGUUCAUAGAGGCCGCUUGAAAACAUGGGACUAUUUUCAAGUCGGAGAGAAAGUUGUCAAAGAGAUGGAUCGUAUGGAGGCUUACAAGAUUGCCAUGACAACUUGGGCUAAGUGGGUUGAUCAAUACAUUGAUCUUUCAAAAACCCAAGUCUUCUUCCAAGGAGUUGCUGCAGUUCACAUCAAUGGGAAGGAAUGGGGAGAAGCUAAAGCAAAGAGUUGCAUAGGGCAAACGAAACCAGUAGAAGGAAGGAAAUAUCCGGGACCUGGGAUUGACGGAGAAGCCAUUAUAAGAAGAGUGUUGAACGAGAUGAAGAAUCCUGCCUAUUUACUUGACAUUUCAGUAUUGACCCAGCUCAGAAAAGAUGGUCAUCCCUCCAUUUAUGCCGGCAGAGGUAAAAGCUUAAACGACUGCAGCCAUUGGUGUCUUCCUGGUGCUCCUGAUACUUGGAACCAGCUCUUUUAUGCAGCUUUGAUUUAGUUUAGUUGUGUUUAAUUCAUUUUCAUCAACUUGGUUUCAAUCCAUUUUUA